CUCUUCUUCCAUUAUAAAAUUUCGAAUGAUAAGGGUAAAUCGUCGACUUUUACCUCAAUUAUCAUUCAACUUCACCUUCUAGAUUUGCAUAACUACAGUUAAUAAAUAUUAACAAGAACGUUUGAAACCUUUUUAAUAUUAUCUUGAAAUUAUAAAGGCCUUUUAUCUACUAUCAGUUUCUUUUAUAGGCCUAAUACUCUUUGUUUAAUAUAACGCUUUUUUGACUUUCUUUCAGUGGCAACAAGAAUGAAGAAAUAGCCAGUUAUUAAAUUUUUCUCUUUCAAAGCGACAUCUACAGUCAAUGAAGUUAUUAUCGAUCAAUCUAUAUCUUGGUAAAACAUUCAACUAUUCUGCUAGAGAAGGAGUGUUUUCGAUAUUUUGUUUUAUAUAUCGAAAAAUUAUCAAUGAAUAUUACCGCAUUAAAUCAAUAUUAAGGAUUAAGGACGAGUCUAUAUGAAGAUAUGAUAAGUUUAACUGAUAUAGUUCUCCUAUAUAUAACGGAAAAUAAGAAGAUAUUCUUUGAAAUUGUUGAGCAACAUAACAUCAUCUUACCUUUUCAUAUCUCUCAGCAAAUAUUACAGUAUUUUGAUCAAAAAUUUCUGGGUAUUUCCGAAGAAGAUCUUCUACUAUUCAAUUCCGAUAAAUUAACGUUUAGGGAUAUAAAAUUGAAUUGCCAUCGAGUCGUCAGAAAUUGCUAUCUAUCAUUUAUUAGAAAGCAUCCAAUAGAGGUUAUUAAUAUUACAAAUCUUCAAAAUUGUAACUUUGACCUAUGGAUAACACCGAAAGAUUGUAAACAUUUGAAAGAAUUAAACGCUAGUCGCGCGAAUUUUAGUGAUAAACAAACAAUCAAUGAAAUAAAGAAAUUAAUGGUUCUACAAAACUUACAAACAUUAAAUGUUAGUUUUACAACAUUUGACGAUAUAUGCCUUGAAUUUGUAUGUAGACAAUUUCCAUCUUUAAAAGACUUAAAUAUAACUGAUACUAAAGUUACAACUAUUAAACCGGUUGGCAAUUUAAAGGGUCUUUUGGUAUUUAAAUUUUCAGAAGUAUAUAAUACGUCUAAAGUUGAUGAUAUGGAAAUUUUAAUAAGUUUACCACUUCUCGAAGAAAUAUAUUUACCUUGCCAAGGUGUAUUUUAUGAAAUGGAAGGAAAAGGAAUAUGGCUAAAAGCUAUAUUUGAGAAAGCUACUUGGAUAAAUCUACAAUGCUUUAGAAUUUGUAAAUCAUUUGAGUUAGAUGAAAGGAUUUUAAAGAAAUUUGUGAAUAGGCAUCCUAAAUUAAAAUAUUUCGAGGUUAAAUAUCAAAAAAUCAGUUCAAAAUGCAAUUCAAGAGAUCAUAGUUUAUACAUGAUUCCAGAAAUUUAUCCAAUGUUUAUGCAAAAUAUGGAAAGUGUUAAUUUUACGAAUUUAUCAAAUUUCAUGAUGGGAUUGAAUGAUUUUUUAUUCCUAGAAGUUCGAUUUUUUAUGAUUUUUGAAAAUUAUCUUAAACCUAAAACUGAAGAAGAACGUUGGAAUUUUUUUAAAUCAAUUGAAUUGGAAAAAUUUUGGCAGGUUAUCCUUAGGAAAAUUGAGAUGAAAAGAUUCGAAUUUUCAAUAUUCCAUAAUUCAAGAGAUUCUUCAAGAUUAUGCUGUUGUAUUAGAGUAUUAAAAUGGGUUGUUGAUAUAGCAGGAUACGAAACCUAUUGGAUAAGGGCUAUGAGAGCUUUUGUAGCAAUGUUGCCAAAAUUAUCUAUACAUGUGCAAAAUAAGGUUGAUAUGAUCAAUGAAAUUGCUGAUAUAUGUAAUAUUCUAAGUUCAAAAUACCACCUAAUCAAUUUAGUCAUUAAAAAGACAACUCUAAGUAUUAUACUAAGUAGUUUUGUUGGUUCAUUUUGCAAGUAUUCCGAAAUUCCAUUUCUUUUAACAAAGGUCUUAAAGGAUACUGGAUUGAAAAAUCUAAGUAAAAGUGAGACGAAUAAAAUAUUGGAUAUUCUUGGUGAAGCUGAUUCCUCGUGCAAUGGUUUAAGAUAUGGUCAAAUGACAUUCAAUCAUGUACAAGAGAGCCUUAUUGUAUUUUUAGGUAUAAUUGAUAACAGUUUGUCAUAUCCAGAUGAUGAAGGUAGUGAGGUUAUAAGACAGAAAGUAAAUGCUUUAAAAAUAAGACACGCUUUCGAUAAGAAAAGAAAAUUGAUUAAUAUUAAUUUUAAAGAAAUGUUAAAAUAAUGUGAAAUUUUGUUGUUUGUUUGUUUAUUUUAUCAAUUUAAAUUCUUCCAAUCUGACGAUUAUUCAAUCAUUUUUAACUAUUUUAAGAAUUUAUCCUUUCUCUUUUGAACUAGGAAUAAACCAACGCAAUCGCAAGCGAUAGGAAAUGAGUGUAGUAAAAAACUGUUUAUACGAUUCAAAUUUGUAGGAUUUUAUUGUACUAUCCACUAUUUAACUACUUGAUCUUUGACUUGUAAAUUCCUAAUAAAGUUAGUAGUAUGAAACUAUGAAAAAGACCUGAAUCAUCAACAUUUGUAAAUGUUGUAUUGAAUGAGGAAAUAGACAUUUUUUUUAUUGGCUAGAAGAAGCUUGUUACUUGUUGAAAAGACGUUGUUUUACUUUUUGAAUCAGAAGGUUAAUGAAAAAAGGAAAAGACCGCCGUUAUCUUUCGAAAAGAGUCAAGAGGGAUUGAGAGAUGUUAUUCCAAAGUUAAUAAACAAUUGUUAUAUUUGUUCGUUGAUUAGAUUAAACAUUCUUUAAUAAUAUUCUUCUUAAAGAUCAUUAGAAAAUGAGAGGAAUAAAUAUUACCCAUCCCUCCAUUGUUUCAUUAAAAGCAUUAAAGCAACUAACCCAGUUACUGUGAAAGUAAAUCCACAAGCUAUUGCCGUAAUUCCACAAGCCUUUGCAGUAUUUACUAACUUUGCUGCCUUCUCAGUAUUACCUCGGUUGUAUUCGGUUCUGGCCGACGAAGAAUAUACACAAGCAAUGCAACCGCAAAACCAACAGAAGAAAAUUGAACAAACGGUCAACAACUGUUUGAGAACAAAGACGAUGAACAUGAUAAUAAAUGAGUAAUUUUUUUAUUCUCAUCUACCGUAUUAUCGUCGAAAUAAGGCUCUGGUUCAAUUAUUACAACUGAAACAUUUUUCUUCUCAGAUAGUUCAACUUUUUGCUGUAUAGGUUGUUUUUCUAUAGACGUUGAUGAUAUAACAUAAUUUAUGUUGGUAUCCAUAACUCAAUUUCAAUAGAAAUGCAAAUUUUGUCACUGGAUUAACACUCUCCACCAAAUCUUAUUUACGUUUGAGUGAAAACUUCUUUGUAUAAUUGAAAAAGAGAAAAAAAAGCUUAUAUGCCUAAAUUGUUAUCUAGCCUUUACUAAAUUAUCUAUUAUAUAGAUAUAUUUGAGAUACUUUCCCUUCCGG